AUGUCUUUUGAUGAAAAUUUUAAAAUUUGGAGGGGUCCCAUAAAGCCAAGCCGCUUCGGUCCGAAAGACUCGCUUGGUUCCAUACUGCUGAAAUACUUACUUAGAAAUCCAGAUCACAUAGCUCAGAUUUGCUAUCAAAGUGGUGUCGAGUUAACGAAUCGUCAAAUUGCCACGAUUUCAAUACAAAUAUGCAAAUAUUUUCAAAAUAUGAAAAUACCCCAAGGUACAGUUAUCGGUUUAUGUGCGGGAAAUAGUGAUUACAUUACUCCCUUCUUUUUGGGAACUUUAAUUGCUGGCUUAAUCGUAAGCACCCUGGAUCCUAGUUUUGGAAUUAAUGGCAUUAAACAUAUCUAUUCGAUAACCAAGCCCAAGUUGAUGUUUUGUGAUGGUGAAAUUUAUGCCAAAGUUAGGCAAGCUCUCGAUGAAUGUGGACUUGAAACAACGGUCAUAUAUACCAUAAGAACACGGGUUGAGGGUGUUCCACGAAUAGAAGAAUUACUUACAAGUGAUGCUGAAGUUAAUCCUUCUUUGUAUGGAGUUUCACAAUUGCAGGAGGGUCCAAAUCAAGUUGCUGCCAUACUUUGUUCCUCUGGAAGUACUGGCUUACCCAAGGGUGUGACUAUGUCACAUGCAGCUCUAUUGGCUUUGGGAGAGAAUUUGUAAAUAUAUGAUGAUCCCUCCAAAAAUUUGCUAUGCUUUAGCAGUUUAUAUUGGCUAUCGGGUGUUAUAAGUAUUCUACGCUCCAUAUUGACAGGAACAACACAAAUUAUAUCCGAAAAUCCAUUUAAUCCUGAAGAUUUCUUUAAAAUUGUGGAACAUUAUAAGGUGGAUGUGGUAUUUGGUCCUCCUUCCCAUGUGGCAUUGUGUCUGACUUCGCCAAAAUUACCAGAAGCUGAUCUAUCCAGCAUUGUGGACUAUAGCGUUGGUGGUAGUAGAGUAGAUUAUUCGGUGAUUGCAAAUUUCAAGAAAUAUACCCCAAAUGCCACAUUUAAGGUUGGCUAUGGCAUGAGUGAAGUGUGUAUGGUUGUGUCCUGGGGUGAAGUUGAAACGACCAGUUCAGUGGGUAAAUUAAAAACAAAUGUUGAAGUGAAAAUUAUCAACGAACAUGGCAAAGCCGUGGGUCCCAACGAAAUCGGCGAAAUAUGUAUUCGUACAAAAUAUCCCUGGUCGGGGUAUUACAACAAUCCGGAGGCAACCAAAGCUAUUUAUGAUUCCGAUUUGUGGAUACACAGCGGUGACAUGGGAUACUUCAACUGCGACAUGCAACUGUAUAUUGUCGAUCGUAAAAAGGAUAUUUUGAAGUAUAAUAAUUUCCAUUACACUCCCUCGUCCAUAGAACGAGUACUCAGCGAAAUGCCGGGUGUCGCGGAUGUAUGCGUGGUGGGUAUACCAGAUAAUUGUAUGGGAUUUUUACCGGCUGCUGCAAUUAUAAAAAGUUUUAAAAAUAAUAUAAGUGAGCUGCAAAUCCACAAUUAUGCCUCUGAACAUUUGGAGCAUUUCGAACAGUUACGUGGAGGAGUUUACUUUUUUGAAGAUUUUCCGCGAACUCCAUCGGGCAAAACAAUACGUCAAGGUGUAGCAAAAAUGUGUGAACAAUUAAGAAACAUGAAAUAA